ACGGCAUGCACGCGUCGAAGGGGUUCCGUCCUUCCAUUGUGUUCUAUUCCCUUCGACGCCAGCGAUAAAAGAAUGACCCGACGGGCAUUCUUGGGAUGCGUAGAGAUUGGCAACGGGAGGGCCCUCGGAUUCGUGGAACUCACGACGUCUCGCCAAUCCAGAACGCUAAAAGAUCGGAUCUAAAGAUUCGAUUUCUCCCUCUCUUUUGUGAUCUCAUCGCCUCACUUUUGUUGAUCUUUGGAGCCGUGUGAAGACCAGUUCCGAUCGAGAUGGAGGCGGUGAUGAGGGCGGAGCGGCCGAUGCUGACGUCGGGGGCGAGCGGCCGCGUCGCCGCCCUCCUGUCCGUACGCGUCCUCCGGGGGCUGCUCCUCCUCCUCCAGGCCGCUGCCCUCCUCCUCCUGCUCCCCUUCCGGUGGCGGCCGCUGCUCGUGUCCACGGCGGAGCGGUCGGCCCCCGCCCCGGCUGAUGGGCGUCCAGAGGCCAGCAGGAAGGGCGGGCACGGCGGGGUGGUGGUGAGGGUGCCGGCCGCGAUGGUGCCGCGGAGGCAGCGGGAGCAUGAUGCGUCGUGGAGGCGGGCCCUGGCGGUGCGGCGGGUGGUGGAGGCGAUGAAGGAGGGGCAACUUGGAAGGGACUUCUCGUUGUUUACCACGGCCAGAGGCGACACUCUUUUCACUCAAUCUUGGACUCCUGUAAAUUUGAAGACCAGGGGUUUGGUUGUUCUGUUGCAUGGAUUGAAUGAGCACAGUGGUAGAUACAAUGACUUUGCUGAGAAACUCAAUGAAAAUGGUUUUAAAGUAUAUGCAAUGGAUUGGAUGGGACAUGGUGGAAGUGAUGGGUUGCAUGGAUAUGUUCAUUCCCUUGAUUAUGCAGUUAGUGACUUGGAAACAUUUCUGGAGAAGGUCUUGGCAGAGAAUCCUGGGACACCUUGCUUUUGCUUUGGACACUCAACUGGUGCAGCUAUAAUUCUUAAGGCAGCCUGUGAUCCAAAAGUAGAAGGAUGGAUUAAAGGUCUCGUUUUAACGUCGCCUGCUGUGCUUGUUCAACCUUCUCAUCCAAUUGUAAUGGUUCUCGCCCCAAUGUUCUGUCUUCUAGCCCCAAAAUAUCAAUUUAGUGCUGCAAAUAAUAGUGGAUCAGUUGUUUCUCGUGACCCUGAGGCCCUUCAAUCCAAGUACUCCGACCCAUUGGUUUUCACUGGUUCUAUCAGAGUCAGGACUGGUUGCGAGAUCCUACGCAUGUCAACAUACCUGCUACAGAACCUCAACAAGAUCAAAAUUCCUUUUCUAGUUCUCCAUGGUGCUUCUGAUACUGUAACUGAUCCUGAAGGCUCUCAAAGGUUAUUUGAUGAAGCUUCCUCAACAGAUAAGUCAAUCAAACUGUACCACAAUCUCCUACAUGACCUUUUAAUCGAGCCUGAGAGGGAAAAGAUCAUGCAGGACAUAAUCGAUUGGUUGAGCUUCAGAGUUUGAUAGUUCAAUCAUGCUCGGAGAAGCCGACUCAGAUUAGGCUUGCUAAAAUGACAUUGUGGUAUCAAUUUUUUUGUUGGUUAGCCACUCACCGUUGAGAAAAUAUUUUGAUGCAGCCACUUGAUGGCUCACCGAAGCAUGUCAUAUUGUACUAAUUAUCAGUGAUUUGAAUCAUUUGAUUCCCCUUUGUGGUGUUGGUGCAUAAGAUAGGACACUACUUUUCUGGACCACUGAGGGAUGCCUUGUUAUUGUAACUUCUUCCAUGUAAACUUUUCAAGUACUCAUUGUGUUUGAUUGGGUACAUGUGCCACUCAUAUUUAAUGAUAUUGGUGUUUUUUAUUA